GGGGGCCGUCGCCCAGCAACGCCCGGCGCGCCCGCCCAUCCCCCGCUGCCCUUUUUUUCCUGGCCGGGUGCGAGGGAGCAUGCCCGCGCCUGGCCUCAGCCAGCGGAGUUAACCCGAGGGGCGUGGAGCUGCCCCUCCCCCGGGGGCGUCCUCCCCUCCCCCGCUAAGCGGCCCGCCCCCUGCACUAGGGUAUGGCCCCCGGCCCCGGCCCGGGACCCGAGGUCCCGCACUCCGGCCAGUGAAAGGCGUUUUCCCGUUCCCGCCCUCCUCCCCUCGCUGGCCAGCACCAUGGGAUGUAAUAUGUGUGUGGUUCAGAAACCGGAGGAGCAGUACAAAGUGAUGCUUCAGGUGAACGGGAAGGAGCUCUCCAAGCUGUCUCAGGAGCAAACCCUGGAGGCCCUGCGCUCCUCCAAGGAGCCUCUAGUGAUCCAGGUGCUGAGACGCAGCCCCCGCCUCCGGGGGGACAGCUCAUGCCAUGACCUGCAGCUGGUGGACAGUGGCACUCAGACCGACAUCACCUUUGAGCAUAUCAUGGCGCUGGGCAAGCUGCGCCCGCCCACCCCGCCCAUGGUCAUCCUGGAGCCGUACGUCCUGUCUGAGCUCCCCCCCAUCAGCCAUGAGUAUUAUGACCCGGCGGAGUUCAUGGAGGGCGGCCCGCAGGAGGCAGACCGUAUGGACGAGCUGGAGUAUGAGGAGGUCGAGCUGUAUAAGACCAACCACCGGGACAAGCUCGGCCUGAUGGUUUGCUACCGCACGGAUGAUGAGGAGGACCUGGGCAUCUAUGUUGGAGAGGUGAACCCCAAUAGCAUUGCAGCCAAAGACGGCCGGAUCCGCGAGGGGGACCGGAUCAUCCAGAUAAAUGGUGUGGACGUCCAGAACCGGGAGGAGGCAGUGGCCAUUCUGAGCCAGGAGGAGAACACCAACAUCUCCCUGCUGGUGGCCCGACCUGAGAGCCAGCUGGCAAAGCGGUGGAAGGACAGUGACCGGGAUGACUUUCUGGACGACUUUGGCUCUGAGCAUGAGGGCGAGCUGCGUGCGCGGAAGCUGAAAUCCCCCCCUGCCCAGCAGCUUGGCAACGAAGAGGAGAAAGGGGUCCCCGAUGCGGGCACGGGCCUGAGCAAUAGCCAGGAGCUGGACAGUGGGGUGGGCCGCACUGACGAGAGCACCCGCACCGAGGAGAGCUCCGAGCAUGACCUGCUGGGGGAUGAGCCCGCCAGUGCCGCCGACACGCCCGGCGCCCUGCGCAAGAGCCGGGACCUCCACUUCAGCAUGGACUCGCUGCUGGCAGAGGGGGCAGGGCUGGGGGCUGGCGACAUCCCGGGCCUCACCGACGAGGAGUACGAGCGCUACCGGGAGCUGCUGGAGAUCAAGGGCCACCUGGAGAACGGCAACCAGCUGGGCCUGCCCUUCCCCCGAGCCUCGGGCGCCAACAGCGCCCUGGAUGUGAACCGCAACGAGAGCCUGGGCCACGAGAUGGCCGUGCUGGAGGAGGAGCUGCGGCACCUGGAGUUCAAGUGCCGCAACAGCCUGCGGGCGCAGAAGAUGCAGCAGCUGCGGGAGCGCUGCAUGAAGGCCUGGCUGCUGGAGGAGGAGAGUCUCUAUGACCUGGGGGCCAGUGAGCCCAAGAAGCGCGAGCUGUCUGACAUCUCCGAGCUGCCCGAGAAGUCGGACAAGGACAGCACCAGCGCCUACAACACGGGGGAGAGCUGCCGCAGCACCCCGCUGCUCGCCGAGCCCGUGCCAGAGAGCCCCCUGAGGCGGGCUGCCGCUGGCAACUCCAACUUGAACCGGACCCCCUCCGGCCCCACGGUCACCGCACACCCCAAGGCCGCCGCCCCGCAGGGCAGCCCCGCUAAGUUCCGAUCUCUCUCCCGGGAUCCCGAGGCGGGCAGGAGACAGCACUCGGAGGAGCGUGUCCGCCGAAGCCCCAAGACGGGCGUGACCCUGGAGCGCGUGGGCCCCGAAGGCAGCCCUUACCUCUCCCGGCGCCACCGCGGCCAGGGCCAGGAGAGCGAGCACUACCACAGCUGCGUGCAGCUGGCCCCGCCGCGCGGCCUGGAAGAGCUGGGCCGUGGCCCCCUGAGCUUGGCUGCCGGCCCUCGGGUGGGCGGGGCAGCGGUGGCCCCCGAAGCACCCCGCAUGGAGUGGAAGGUCAAGGUGCGCAGCGAUGGGACCCGCUAUGUGGCCAAGCGGCCCGUGCGUGAUCGCCUCCUCAAAGCCCGGGCCCUGAAGAUCCGCGAGGAACGCAGCGGCAUGACCACGGAUGAUGACGCGGUGAGCGAGAUGAAGAUGGGCCGCUACUGGAGCAAGGAGGAGCGGAAGCAGCACCUGAUCCGGGCCCGGGAGCAGCGGAAGCGGCGCGAGUUCAUGAUGCAGAGCCGGCUGGAGUGCCUGAGGGAGCAGCAGAACGGCGACAGCAAGGCUGAGCUCAACAUCAUUGCCUUGAGCCACCGCAAGACCAUGAAGAAGCGGAACAAGAAGAUCCUGGACAACUGGAUCACCAUCCAGGAGAUGCUGGCCCACGGCACUCGCUCUGCCGACGGCAAGCGGGUCUACAACCCUCUGCUCUCCGUCACCACUGUCUGAGCCCCGCUGUGCUCCGGGGCGGGCCCUCGGCCCCAGCCCAGGUCCAGUGGGCCUCCCAAGACCCUGUCCCCUACUCUCCCUUAGAAUCUAGUGUGUGUCUGUGUGUGUGUGUGCACAGGAUUCUGUGACCAGAGAGAAGCCCCCAGGAGAAGGGACGCUUCUCUCCGUCGGCUACUUCCUGCUCUCCAAGUACAGCGACCACGGCGACAGCUGGCAUGGCGGGGCAGACCUGUAGCAGGCGCCCCUUCAGCUUCGUGCGGGCCGCGUGUGCGCAUCACAGGCCCAGGCACAUGUACGUGCACACACACGCACACCCCUCCAGAGCUCUCUGCGUGGCUACUUGGGGACAGGAAAGGCGAACUGGAAAGCAGAGGCGAAGAGGACUGUCCUAAGCACAAGAGAAUGCCUGGCUUUGAAGCAGCCUCGCCCCCUGCCGGGAGCCUUGGUUAUUUGUAGACAAAGGCAACCCUGAGUUUUGUGGUUUUUUUCCCUUCCUGUGCUUGCCAAUUGUUGUUUUUCUGUUUUGUGGACCUGCUCCGGGGGCUGGCAGCUCCUUCAGGCAGCCUGACAAAAGUGGAACCCCCAGUGAUGGCUGGGAAGGAGGUGGGUGGGGGGAAGGAAGAGAGGGAGGGCUGGGGCAGGGGGAGGGGAAGGGUUGGGGAAGAAGGGGAGAAUGGGAAGCAGCUUUCUUGGUGGUCUCCACUCUGAGGUAUGGGGACGGGGAGCCUCUGAUGUGGCUUGUGAGGCCCACCCUGGGGGCCACUUCCUUCCCUGAUGACCGAGGGAGAGCCAAGACAUAAGUAGCAGGGGAAGACCUUGGUGACAAGACCCACGCCGAGCUGAGGGAGGGGCCUGGACCCGAGAGAGCCGGGCCCGGCCAGCUGGGCUGACAUGGGAGAAGAUGCUCUGCACCCCACUCUGCAAAUGUGGACCAGGCCCAGACCCCCGGGCCCCUCUAGCUCAGAGAGCCUGAGACUGGAGGCAGACAGGCUGCCCACCCCUGCCCCCCAUCAGCAUUGAGAGAAUAAAGCAAGCUGCCUUUUUGAGGUGA